AUGUCCGACCAGGAUUUGAGGAACGCAAUUCUCCGGCUCACUGAACUGGUAGCUAGCCAACAAGAGCAGAUUCAACUUCUCAACCGAACCGGUCAAGCCAACCAACCGGGAAGUGAGAAAAUCAUCGAAUCGUUGGCCACGGGAAUUGAAGACUUCUACUACGAUCCUGACGGUGGAGUGUUUUUCGAUGCAUGGUUCGCGCGCUACGAGGAUAUCUUCAAGGUUGACGGCAAGAAUCUGGACGAUCCGGCGAAGGUGAGGCUACUCUUGAGGAAGAUCGGCACCAAGUUCCAUGAGCGGUACGUAAAUAGUAUCCUGCCAAAGCAUCCCCGCGAUUUCGGCCUGGACGACACGGUGAAGAAACUUAAGAAGCUUUUUGGCCGCCAAACCUCGCUGUUUAACAAUCGCUACCGUUAUCUACAAUAUGUCAAGAACGAAGCAGACGAUUUUUCAAGUUACGCUGCCUCUGUGAACAAGCACUGCGAAGCAUUCCAGCUGACCAAGCCCACCGACGACCAAUUCAAGGCACUACGUUUUGUUUGCGGUCUACAAUCUCCCCGCGAUGCAGACAUCCGAACUCGAGUGAUCGGUAAGUUAGAAGCUGAAGAGCAUGCUCCGCCAGCAGACGGCACGAAGCUCACACUGGAAAAUCUCGUCGAGGAGUGCCAUCGGUUUAACAAUCUGAAGCAGGACACCAAGAUGCCUGCUAAGAAGAAGCAACCGAAAUCUCCGUGCUGGUUCUGCGGUGAUUUACACUUUGAGAAGGAAUGCCCCUAUCAAGACCACAGCUGUAGCAAGUGUAAACGGAAGGGGCAUAAAGAAGGUUACUGUUCAUCCGUGGAAUCAAAACCGAAGUCUGCAAAGAAAUUCGAAAAACCAAAAUCCAAGGAAUAUGUGAAGUCCAAAGGAAUUUCGGUGAAACGCAUCGAUCUCCAAGGGAAGAGGAAAUACGUUACCGUCGGAAUCAAUGGCAACGAUUUUGUUCUCCAGUUGGAUUGCGCUUCCGAUAUCACGAUCAUUUCUACGCAAACCUGGAAGGCGAUCGGAAAACCAGCCAUCAGCGAAACCGAAAUCACCGCCAUCAGCGCUUCCGGAAAUAAGAUCGACAUGACUGGUGAGUUCCUUGCUGAAUUAACCAUCCAAAGCGUGACGAAAGCAGGCAUUGUCUACGUGUCAUCAAGCUCCGAUUUGGAUGUCCUCGGAAUUGAAACAAUCGACCUAUUCGAUCUGUGGUCAAUUCCAUUCAGCUCGCUGGUUAAUGCUAUCCAUCAUAAACCGGAAGACACUGAGCAAAAGCUGCGUACGAAGUUUCCUGAAGUGUUCCAGAGUACACUAGGCCGGUGCACCAAAGCGAAGGUUAAACUCUACCUGAAGCCCGACGUCCGUCCAGUGUACUGUCCAAAGAGACCAGUUGCAUAUACUGCCCUUCCAAAGGUAGAUGCCGAACUUCAACGUCUUCAAGACAAGGGAAUAAUCUCACCAGUGAAGUUUUCCGUCUGGGCAACCUCGAUAGUCGUGGUCCGGAAGUCAGACAACGUUUCCGUCCGUAUCUGCGGCGACUAUUCUACAGGGUUGAACAACGCACUAGAAUCAGAUGCCCAUCCGCUUCCGCAUCCAGAUGAUGUUUUUGCUGAUCUGGCUGGCUGCCGGUAUUUCUCCCAACUCGAUCUAUCUGAUGCGUACCUGCAAGUCGAGGUUGAGGAGGGUUCUCAGAAGUAUCUAACGAUCAACACUCAUCGUGGACUGUUCAAAUACAACCGUCUGCCGCCUGGAAUCAAGUCCGCUCCUGGUGCGUUCCAAAGGAUUAUCGAUAGCAUGGUCGCUGGUAUUCCUGGAGUGAAACCGUAUCUGGAAUACAUCAUGAUUGCCGGUAGGACAAAGGAAGAACACGAUCGCAGCCUCCAUGAAGUUCUGGAACGGAUCAAGACGUACGGUUUUCAUCUGAGGAUCGAAAAAUGUCGAUUUGGCCUAUCGCAAAUCAAGUUUCUAGGACAUAUAAUCGACAAAGGCGGCUUACGAACUGAUCCAGCGAAGACGACCGCAAUUUCGCAGAUGCCAGCUCCAAUGAACGUAUCACAGCUUCGAUCGUAUCUUGGAGCUAUCAAUUAUUAUGGGCGUUUCGUCAAGCAGAUGAAGGAGCUGAGAGCACCCAUGGACUACUUGCUGAAACAAAACGUCAAUUGGGAAUGGACUGCAAGCUGCCAGAAGUCAUUCGACAAGUUCAAAACGCUGCUCACUUCCGACUUGUUGCUGACGCACUUCGACCCGAACAAGGAAAUCAUCGUAGCAGGUGAUGCAUCCAAAGACGGCUUGGGCGCUGUUAUUAUGCAUCGCUUCCCGGAUGGAUCAGUGAAGGCAAUUUCGCACAUUUCAAGAUCACUGACCCCUGCAGAGAAAAAUUACGGCCAGAUCGAGAAAGGACUGAUUUUUGCUGUGACACGAUUUCAUAAGAUGUUGUUCGGCCGGAAAUUUACCUUGCAGACUGAUCACCAACCACUUCUCAAGGUGUUCGGAAGCAAAAAAGGAAUUCCGGUAUACACGGCCAACCGACUUCAACGCUGGGCGCAUACGCUGAUGCUGUACGAUUUCGACAUCCAGUUCGUGCGCACUGAAGAAUUUGAACACGCGGACCUCCUUUCAAGACUGAUGAAAUGCCAUGCAAAUGAAAUGGAAGUCGAUGUCAACGCCGUUCUCAGUGAUUCUACUUCUAGUCUUCCCGUGACGUCUGAAAUUAUCGCUGCUGAAACGUCAAGAGAUCCUGUUCUCCAAUCGGUGGUGUUCCAUAUCAAUGAAGGAUGGCCCAAGUAUUCCAAGGAAAUUGAUGAUCCAGUUGUUCAACAAUUCUUCACUCGCCGAGACAGUCUGCAGAUCGUUCAAGGUUGCAUCAUGUUCGGCGAUAGAGUCGUUGUGCCAGACCGUUUUCGCAAACGCAUUCUCCACCAACUGCAUCGAGGCUAUCCAGGAAUGGAGCGGAUGAAAUCCCUAGCGAGGAGUUUCGUGUACUGGGCCAACAUCGAUGAUGUCGUCGAAGACUACGUCCGCUGCUGUAGAUCCUGUGCUGAAGCUGCUAAGUCACCACGCAAGACGGACCUGGAGUCGUGGCCUAUUCCAUCGAAGCCGUGGGAACGAGUCCAUAUUGAUUAUGCUGGCCCAAUCAAUGGAUACUACUACUUUCUGGUAAUCGACGCAUAUUAA